AUGUAUACUGGACCCAAGGAAGUGGCGAAGCAACGUGGAAGAUCAACGUCGGCGAACGCCACUGGAAAAGAAAGGGGAAUAGGUCGACGUGUACAGACGACGAAGAGAACACGUUUCCUUGAUCCUGCUCGGCGUGCAACUGGUCCCGCGUGUACGGCGAAAGAUCGGGCAUUUAGUGGUGAACCGAGACCAGCAACGGGAAGAGAAAGAACCGAACGAAAACUCGGCUCAUUUCCUUCCAAUUUUUCCACAUCUGAUGAAGAAGGAAAGGAAGAAGAAGUAGAAGUAGGAAAAGAGAUAGAAGAAGAGACAGAAGAAGGAGAAGGUGGAGAAGAAGGAGAAGAAGAAGAAGCAAGAGAAGAACCAGAAGAACAAGAAGGAGGAAGACGCUCCUGA